AUGCUCUCGGUGCGAAAUCGGGACGAUGAGUUGCCCAAGGAUACCUUCGGCUUCAGAUUCAAUCUGAAUCCAGAUCAUGAGGAGGACGAGAAUGACGAGUCUGCAGAGUCAGAGUUAAGGUUCGAUGGCCGUGCACGCGACUAUCGAUUCGAAUACAUCCUCAAAGAAGACGAAUAUUCUGGCUUAUAUAUGGUCGGUGGUGAAGCCUAUGAUCAAACAGGUGCUGUGGUGGGCAGGAUGUCAGGUGCCCUGAUGAUUCAGGAGAUCCUGGGCAAAAGCUUCUAUGCCGCUUGUGAUUCCGUCUCUCACCAGCUCAUGGAGUGCUCCGUGAAUCUUUUCGACAGCAAGGGGUGUCCCAAAGCUUCUUGGAAGGCCAAGCUGCGAGAAGAGUUCGCACGAAAAGGUCGCGGUGGAUUGCUCUAUCUUGAUGAGGUGCACUUGCUGCCCUCGCAUCGCGAGCGAGAUGUCGGCUUAGACUUCGUGGAAUGCCUUUUCAACGAACUCCGAUUUGCAGACAUGUGCACGCUGGCUGUGCUGGAACCUUUCGGAGCUCCGGCGAGAGGUGUCAAAUCGAGGGCCAUCACGAUGUCUGAUCAAGAUAAGGAGUUGGGGGCUACAGCUAAUGUCAAGCUGGCCCGCCAUUUUGCGCGCAUGGGCUUUCAACAAGUUGGAGUGACGGAGCCACUAUCCAACUACUGGUUCGUGUGCCUGUGCAUCAGGCAAACAGGAUUCACAUCAAAAGCAGCUGCAGCUGUGGUGGAAGUGUCGGUACCUCCGAAGGAGCCGAAAGUGACACCGAAGGUCUUGACUGGAAAAGACAAGGAGUUGUUCGAUGCUUGCACUCUGAGCAUGACACCCCCUCCGCCUGAUAAAAUUCAGGAUCUCCUGCGGUCUGGCGCAGACCCCAAUAAUGCAUGCGCACUACACGCCUGCGCUGCAAACCACCAUGUUGCUGCAGGCCGCGCGCUUCUGGAGAUGGGAUGUGUUGUCAAUCAGCUUGACAGUCAAGGCUACACUCCGCUGCAUCUGGCAGCCGCCAAGUGCACUUGCCAAUCCGGCUUGGAUUUCGUCUCGAUGCUGCUUGCGCAUGGUGCGCAAAAAGACGUCAAGACUUCCAAAGGACAAACAGCGGUUCAAUGCGCAAGCGAGGCUGCUGAGUCCAUGAAAACCUUUGGGAAAGAAGCAUAG